GCUGCUUCUUCCCCUGUCUGUGGUCCACCUCCCUUCAUUCCUAUGUCUUUCUUUCACUUUUGCGCUUUGGCCCUGGGACCCUUUUAAAAUGCCCCCCCUCCUCCCUCUCGCUCUGAUUCGUCAGCCGAGAGUGAAUGUCCCUCUUUUUGUCUCUCUCUCUCUCCACUCCCUCCACAGUCUCUCACUCCCUCUUUCUCUCUCACUCCCUCUCUCUCCCCAUCUCUGAUUAGAUACUGAUUCCUCCUUUCAAUGGACGUCAUUUAAGCGCAGACUCCUGCCUUGAGUUGCGUCCUCCGCUUCACGCCCGAUUUCCGACCAUUCUUUCCUUAUUAUUAAGUAUUCCUGUAAUAUUAAUAGUCAUGAAUGCGCUCUAUUAGGAGUCCAAGAGGGAGACGAAGAAGCGGCUCUUUUGCUAAUAUGAGCUCAAGCGAGGGGACGGCAGCACUGUGAUAGAAGCCAAGGAGAGCAGGGGAGAAAAGAGGGUUUACCAAGAGAAACUUUUCAGCCCAAAUCCGCCAGCAUCGCCGAAAACCUGCGUUUUUAGACCCACAUGAAGGGCAGCGGGGAUCUAACCAUUUAUUUCUGAUGGAUUAUCGUCCUGCUUCUGUGGCACAUAUCUGAUCGCCGGGGCCAUCGUGAUCUUUCAGGAGAGAAGACUCUUUUCGGGGGGCUGUAUUUUUUUGUUUUACUGGUUAAUUCCCCUUUGCUCGCCCCCCAAAACACUCCAAAGUGUUUUUCGAACUGUUUGUUCAUUUCUCGAGUGGCACCAAAAAAAAAUCCUGUUAAAUGUUAGUGCACAGUUUUUCCGCGAUGGACCGUCACGACGGCACCAGCAAUGGGACAGCCAGGCUACCUCAGCUGGGCGGCGUGGGCCAGAGUCCCUACACGAGCGCCCCUCCGCUCUCCCACACACCGAACUCGGACUUCCAGCCCCCGUACUUCCCCCCACCCUACCAGCCCAUCUACCCGCAGUCUCAGGACCCUUACUCGCACGUCAACGACCCGUACUCCCUCAACUCCCUGCACGCCCAGCCGCAGCCGCAGCACCCGGGCUGGCCGGGCCAGAGGCAGGGUCAGGAGAGCGGCCUGCUGCACCAGCACCGCAGCCUGCCCCACCAGCUGUGCCGGGAGUACCGCAGGGAAGUGCUCCUACCGUCCGGCCACGGCAUCGAUACGGGACUGUCGGACUCUAUCCCAAUCCAUGGAAUACCUCACUCUUUAGAUGACGUUCAGCCUGUUGAUGAUCAAGGAAUUCACAUUCCCGACCAGACUGUAAUUAAAAAAGGUCCAGUGUCUUUAUCCAAGAACAACAACGUCUCCUCCAUCCCCGUAAAUAAGGACGGUCUUUUCGGAGGGGUGGUAAACCCCAACGAGGUGUUCUGCUCAGUUCCGGGUCGCCUGUCCCUCCUCAGCUCCACAUCAAAGUACAAGGUCACGGUGGCGGAGGUGCAGAGACGCCUCUCGCCGCCCGAGUGCCUCAACGCCUCUCUGCUGGGCGGGGUGCUGAGGAGGGCCAAGUCCAAGAACGGAGGAAGAUCCUUAAGGGAGAAGCUGGAUAAAAUCGGCUUGAAUCUACCUGCGGGCAGACGCAAGGCAGCCAACGUCACCUUGCUGACGUCACUAGUCGAAGGCGAAGCGGUACAUCUUGCCAGGGAUUUUGGUUAUGUAUGCGAGACCGAGUUUCCAGCCAAGGCAGUAGCUGAAUAUGUAAACCGUCAGCAUUCCGACCCAAACGAACAAGUCCAAAGAAAAAACAUGCUAUUGGCCACAAAGCAAGUCUGCAAAGAGUUCACAGACCUGCUGUCCCAGGACCGCUCGCCGCUGGGAAACUCACGGCCGCAGCCCAUUCUCGAACCGGGGAUCCAGAGCUGUUUGACCCACUUCAGUCUAAUCUCGCACGGUUUCGGGACUCCGGCACUGUGCGCGGCAGUCACUGCCCUGCAGAACUAUCUGACCGAGGCUAUCAAAGCCAUGGACAAAAUGUACCUCAACAACAACCCCAACAGUCACUCAGAUAACGGCACUAAAGGCGGAGACAAAGACGAGAAGCACAGAAAGUGAUGUUUCCAUCCCACCUUCACCGAGGGCCAAAGCCCGGGGCCCUUCUUCUACACCGACCCACACCCCUCCGCCUCGCCCCGGCCCCCACCCAUCCAAUAUAAAUAUUAUAAAUACCUUAUAAAUACUAUUGAUAAAGUUAAACGUGCCACUUCCUGAUCUUGCGCGGUUUUACAUGUUUUGUUUUUACAUCCCACUUUGGAUUCACGGGGGGAAACACGACGCAAGAACCUUCUUCUUCUUCCAACACCUGAACCAUAUGAAAUGUUAUUUAAAAAACGAAAAGAAAAAAAAGAGAAAAGAAUAAAAGCUGCAGAGGAACAGCUCCAGGGCGAGGAAAAAGGUGUAUUGCCUCAGCCAGAGGACUUUUUUAUGUACUCCCCUUAUUUUUUAUGAGCUGCAACGAAUGGACUGAAAUCCAGCGACCCCUCUAUAUCUCAAUUUUACGAUUGUGACAAAAACGAAGCUAAAAGAGGAUGAAUUCUUAUCAGUAUUGUGAAUAAUAAACUUGAAAAACAAAGAGAAAUUCCACAGAGCUCCAUGUCAUGACUUCAGUUGUAGACUCUCACUCUCUCUCUCCAAGCGACCAACUUGAACUUUUUGAAUUUCAACACGAUUCACGGUUAUAUAAGGGAAUCAGUGUUCAUGUAUGUAUAUAUUUAUUUAUGUGUAAUUUAAUGGGAAUUGUAAAUAUGGUGCGUCUGUUGAAACUUCUUUUUUUAUUUAUCUGGUGCCUCCUGUUUUAGUGGGUUUGAAUAUUCGGUUAGUUCUUCAUGUGAUUUUAUGGUUCUUAGAAAACAGAAGUUUGGGGUAUUUUUAUUUCUCUGGGAUAUUUCAAUUCAGCCCUCUUGUAGCAUGUUGAGGCGACAUUGAAGCAAGUGAACAAAUUGAAUAGAAAUAAACUUCCAUUUCUCUCUAUAUAUAUCAUCCUUAUUCAGUUUUUUUUUUUUUUAAAUUUGAGACAGAGCAUAUAGGUGAGACCCUGAGGAGAUCUGUUUUUUUUUUGUUUCUAUUUUCGUUUUUAUACAAGCUUUUAUGUGUUGUGCCAAUCAGAAUACGUUUCACCUCUUGUUCUCUCCUUGAAGCACCAUAAAAGCAAUAAAUGGAAUAUUGUCUUUUUUUUUUUUUAAAUGUUGGAAGACAUUCAAAAAACAUCUUUUUGGGACCACCUGAUAUCUUGUUAUGUCCGAUAAUGUCCAAAAUUGGAGGCGGUUUUAGCUGUAUUGUAUAGACAUGUGCUGGCAAUAGUUCCCAUGCCUGUCAAUGUAUUAUAGUCCUUUGUUGCCCAGAAAAAAAAUAAAUAUUUGA